AUGGUCGUUUUACCCAGAGAGGAACUGAUUGCGCUUAUAGCCAAGAGGGACUACUACACCUGCGACUCCUCAGGGUAUUGUUACUACUCCCCUUGGUACCACUGGCAACGUUGGGCCGUCCUCGGCGCUCUAUUAACCUUCUCCGCCUUUGUCCUCCUUCUCUGCGCCUGCCUCUCCGCCCGUCGCCGUCGUUCCCGUGGUCUUUCACCAUUCUACGGAACAGCAUGGGCUGCUCCACCAGCCUACAACGUUCACAAUAUCCCACAUCAUAAUCAAGGCACAGGUCCACAAUACGGAGGAUACACAUAUGCUUCCAACCAACAACAACAGCCUCCAUACAACCCAGCCGGAAGUCCGCCGGUUUAUUCACCGCCAAGUAAUGGUGGUUAUUAUGGACAACCGGGACAACAGAGCGGGACGACAUAUACUGGUGGACCGAAUUACGAAAUGAAUAACUUUGGAGGUAGCUCUGCUCCGUUUGUGCCACCGAGACCGGAGGAGGCGCAUAAGCGUUAA